AAUAGGUGUAAGUCAUGUCUAAUGAACUGAAUAUUCAUGUCAUAGAUUGUGACGAUGUCUGUCAAAGUGAAUGCGUGCGAACACACAACGCCUAUCGCUUGAACUAUGGAGUACCGCCACUUCUAUUUAAUAGGCAGUUAGCAAAACAAGCUCAAACACAGAUCGACAAAGGAAUUCUGGCCCAUUCCGACUGGGUUAAGACCAAAGGAGGUGAAAAUAUAGCAUGGGGUUCUAUUUUCCCYACAUUCAUUUCGGCCAUAAARAGCUGGCAUGACGAAAAGUCUCACUUCGACUUUGAGACUGGSAAAAGUAAAGGUGAAAAUCACGUGAUUAGGAACUUUAUUCAGCUGGUGUGGAAAGGUGCAAGCAAGAUAGGCUGUGCAAGGGGCACCUUAUAUGGUAAACCAUGGUAUAUUGUGCAUUAUGACAAGGCACCAAAUAUGGAUGAUCCCGAUGCUGUUCAGGAAAACAUAGGAAAACCGAAGGAGGAGGAUGUGAAUUGGUUUCGCGAUAGCUCACCAUUUGCCAAGGACUUUGAGAACCCAACGACCGUGUAAUACCAGUAUACCUAGCCUCCUCCACACGCUCCCCUUUUCUCGCGCCCAUUCUCUCUCUUUUGACUCCUCAAAAAGACAGGAAGCCCGUGAUUCUUAGUGAUGUCUGCGGAGGAGGCUACAGUAUACCUUGUAUGGAAACCUAUAAAGUCCUAUACAAUACUCUCAAUU